UGCCUUCUUUGACAUUUUCUCUCUCCAAGUCACCCUCUGGUGAGAUUUUAACCUACAAAAAAAAAAAAAAAAAAAAACACAAAGGCUCUAAUUUCCAAACUCCUUUACAGAUUAGAUAUAAUAGAUAGAGCAGUUUUUGAUAAGAAAAGAGAGGGAAAAAGGAAAUUAAAGAUGUCAACAGCUUCUUCAUUUUGUUCAUCAACUCAAGUUAAUGGCUUUGGAGGGGGACUUAGGCUUCUAAGAACCCAUCUUUCUCAACCCAAGUCCUUUUCUUUUACUAGGAGAACUGCUACAGUAGUGAAGGCAACUGCUCGAGUCGAUAAAUUUUCGAAAAGCGAUAUCAUUGUUUCCCCAUCUAUACUCUCUGCUAAUUUCGCUAAGUUGGGGGAGCAGGUGAAAGCCGUAGAAGUGGCAGGCUGUGAUUGGAUCCAUGUUGAUGUAAUGGAUGGCCGAUUUGUUCCAAACAUUACGAUUGGACCUCUUGUGGUUGAUGCCUUACGACCUGUGACAGAUCUUCCACUAGAUGUGCAUUUGAUGAUUGUGGAACCAGAGCAGCGAGUUCCAGAUUUUAUUAAGGCUGGAGCAGACAUAGUCAGUGUUCACUGUGAGCAAUCAUCAACCAUUCAUUUGCAUCGUACACUUAAUCAAAUAAAAGAUCUGGGCGCUAAAGCCGGAGUCGUCUUAAACCCUGCAACCCCGCUUAGUACGAUAGAAUAUGUACUAGAUGUGGUUGAUCUAAUCUUGAUUAUGUCGGUCAACCCCGGCUUUGGAGGGCAGAGCUUUAUUGAGAGUCAAGUCAAGAAAAUCUCUGACUUGAGACGUAUGUGCGCGGAGAAGGGUAUUAAUCCAUGGAUUGAAGUUGAUGGUGGAGUUGGUCCAAAGAAUGCAUAUAAGGUUAUUGAGGCGGGAGCAAAUGCUCUAGUGGCUGGUUCAGCUGUAUUUGGUGCAAAAGAUUAUGCUGAAGCUAUUAGAGGAAUCAAAACCAGCAAAAGGCCAGAAGCAGUGGCAGUGUAAUUAUACUGCAGGAGAUGUGAUCGGCUCCAAUGUAUGAUAUCUAUAUUUUACAUUCCCAUGUAUGUUACCCUCUAACUUACAGAAUUUUGCUCGAUUGUAUAACUGAAUGUUGUAUAUACUUGUUGGAUUGCAUGAAUCCUGCUACACAUGAUUUAGAACAGAAAUGCAGAUACAUGAAGAAAAGCUAGUUUGAAUUCUUUCUGAUAAA